UCGUACCCGAUAAAAUUCCCCGGCCCAACGCUAAGCCACCUCGCGAGUCUUCGGUCUUCUCCGACGUACGCCGUCCUGAUGGCGGCGGAGAGCCCCUCUAGCGAGAUCAACCUCGCCGGGAUCGAUAACCAAGAUAUCUCCUCACUCACUUCCAAGAUCUGCCUCCAAGAUGCCCUCGAUGCUUGCUUGAAGUCUUUUGAAUCCGGCGAUUUCGAUGAGUCCAGCCAGGCGGUCGCUACAGCGGUUGAACUCCUUGACUCGAUCGCUGAUUCCCUGCAUUCGGAUUCGAGUGACGCCACAAUCGACAUAUCAGUGGCUGAGAGAGCACUUGAGGAAAUACUUUCCUAUCUCUCGUCCCCUUUAUCAAAUCAGAUGGUGGUUGAGGCGCUCUCUCUUGAGCUGCCUAAAGUGGUAGUGAAGUUCAUUUCUCUCUCAGAUCAAUGCCAGCAGACUGCUCAAAGUAUUAUUGAUGGCCUUGUAGCAACCUGUAGUCCACGAGAUAUGCUCGCGAUCCUCUGUGAGGCAUUAGAUUCACAGAUAACAGUAUCGAAGUCACCAAUUUACUUUAUUCCACUAUUAAGUGGGAUCUCAAAAGUUUUUCUUUGCAUACAGAGGCGUCAUCUUGAACAAGUUAAGGUGGCAUUACCUGUUGUCCUUGAUGUUCUUCAGGCCAGCACUUCAGAGGCUGGUGAGGAAGAUAAAGAUACUCUUAGGGGAUUAUUUGGUGCUGCAGUUAGCAUUGCAAUAUCUAUCCAAGCAGUUGGCAGGAAAAUGGUUGGAAGAAUCAAAACUGAGUUUCAUGCUAUAUUUGGUCUAUACAUCCUACAAAACAUUGAUCUUAUAUCAAGAAUCAAACAUGUAGACACAGUUUCAAGUUAUUCUUCGCUUAUUAUGAAACUGCUUGAGUUCCUUCCUUUUUUUGGGUUCACCUUUUUUGGUUUGAUAACUGGAUCCGAGGUCACUUCUCUAAUUGAUGAAUUAGCCAAAGGUGAUGACAACGACAAUGGCUUUGUAAGCUGCUUCUCUUUAGCAGAAAAUGGAUCAGCACUUGCAGUAAUUUGGGCACGAAUCAAUGAUGGAAUUACAAAAACUGAUACUGAGAAGUUGACAUCUGUUCUAACCAAAUUACAGAGCAAUCGAACUGAAAGGUGGCAAGCUAUUGGGAUGUUGAAACCUAUACUUUUGUCUAUUGAGUAUUCGUGGGAAAUAAAAUCUCAUUGUAUAGACCUGCUUAGCAUGAUGGUUCCAGAUGUUGUUGAUGAACAAAAUGAUGCUCAUAUAGAUUUUUCAUCCUUCAUUCCGAGCCUUUUCACAAUCCUUCAGGCUAUACAAAGGAUCAUGAUUUAUGCAACAGAUGUACCAUUAAGGAAAAAAGCUUUUUCUACAUUGAAGAAGUUAAUUUCAGAUCUUCCAUCUGCCCACCGGUUUGACAUGUUGAGGGCUCUUAUUACUAAUAGCAAGUCACCAUCCAUGAUUGCCAUCCUUGUUGAUCUUGUGAGGGGAGAAAUGGCGGCUGAAGUAAAUUGGACAGCUUCAUCAGAAAAUGAUUUAAACAGGCAUCCAGACAAGAAAAAGAGUUCCUUCUGGAGCUCUUGUGCCCUAAAUCUCGUGGAGUUAAUUUUAAAGCCUCCCAAAGGAGGUCCUCCUUCCUUCCCAGAAGAUAGUGAGCCGGUUCUGUCUGCUCUCAACUUGUUCAGAUUUACUUUGAUAACGGAAUCGACAAGAAAAACAAACCACACCGGCGUUAUGUCAAAGCACACCUUGCAAAAGGCUUACUCAGACUGGCUUCUACCUCUCAGAACAUUGGUCAGCGGCGUUCGUGCAGAAACUGAGAAGGAUGAAAGUGAGCUCUCAGAUCACAUUCUGUGCACCUUGAAUCCCGUUCAGUUGGUCUUGUGUCGAUGCAUUGAACUGGUGGAAGACAAUCUUAGACACAUCCGUUAAUUAAUAGUAAUAUUGACAGUUAGCAGUUUUAGUUUCUUGUAUCAGGUAUCAGCUAUGUUCAGUUAUAAUAAAGUUUGAGCUUAUUGUAGGAGAAGAACCUUAGUCGUUGAGAACAAGCAGAUGCCACUCCACUGAAUUUAGGAGAUAAAUUAUUUAUGUAUCACUAUCUUUUGUAAACUUGUCCGAACUUAGUAGUUUAAUGAAGAAAACUGAUAAUUUGCCCGAGUUUCA